ACUCCACGACCAGUGCUGCCACCUGGAGUCACGCGGGGAGUUCAAAAAGCACCGUUAUGCAUAAGGGGAGCGAUGAACGAACGGCAGCAGACCUGAGCCAGUGCGAUCGGCCCACGUUCCGUGCAUUCUAUGAAAUGACCAGCAACCACUUAUGUGUCAAUGUGCCACGCGUCGCAAAGCACGGUGUUUCGUAUAUCAAGAAAAUGCGGUUCGCUAUGCGCGAGGGAUGAGGACGGUAGCUUGUACUUAGUGCGGGGCUGUUCACUUUUUCUGUUUUUCGUGCAUCGAAGACCAACCGAAACCUGCAAGCCCUCGAUUAACCAAAGUAACGAUAAUUACAUGACGUACAGCUCCGACGAACGGUUGUUGUAAUAACGGUAAAUUGAUUUACCGGUCAACAUUUAGCGCAGUGUGUCAGGUGAGUGCGAAAUUGAAACGAAGGAUGAGGUAGCUCCAGUUGAACGAAAUCGGAACUGCCGACAAGUAUCUAAUUGUCAGCGCGUCUACAAUAGUGCAUCGAAAAGGAGUAUUCAUCGAAAUUUGUCAUUUCCCACGAAAAUUUGAACGCAUGUGAAAGCAAUGCGCAGAAUACCGCGUACAGAAUAGUACAAUAAUCUGCAGGUCAGCGGGUUUCACAUUUGAUAAUAAAAGUCUGAUUCACUGGGGGAUUAUUAAACAGAACGCACAAACGGCACACUAAUUGCACGGACUAAUAAUGGGGGAAGCGAAUGGUACUCGGGUUGUAAAACGGCAGGUAAACGCUAGUAAUCUUGGCGUCAAGACUAAGUUUACGGCCUACGUGCUCUGGCUUUUCGGUGGAAUUUUCGGGGCCCACCACUUUUAUCUCGGCAGGGACGACCAUGGGUUUUUAUGGUGGUGCUCGUUAGGCGGAUACUUUGGGGCCGGCUGGCUGAGGGAUCUUUUCAAAAUACCUGGCUACGUUUCGGACGCAAAUAACGAACCGGAGUACAUCGAGUGGUUCAAAAAUCAAGUCCGAACCAACAAUAAGCCACCGUUUUCGACGUGUCGGUUCAUCGGCGGGGUCGUCAUAUCUUACUUAUGGGGCGAACUGGUCUACAUGGCAAUCCCCGAGGACGAGGUAUACGGAAUCAACUUCAAGCCACUGAUGAUCCUGAUUCCAGCAGCCGUCGCAUUAGGAGUAUGGGUGGUCGGUAACGUCGGUCGCGAGGAGGGUUCGAUUUGGGUGCCCUUGGUCGCAGCUUACGUUUGUUAUCCGACGCUGACCUACCUCGGUGACGACAGUACGUGGAUGUCGGCGAUGGUCCUGACCUCCGCGCUUUCCUUUGACACCUGGAGCAAGCGGUGGCGACUCAAACCGAAGAAGAAGCGAGGCCUUGUCCGCAGACUGACGAUCCUCGGUCUCGCGGCUCUCCUCUACUCGUCUCUGUGGGGGAGCUACUUCGUAUUUAACGCCAGGUUCACCGACAGCGAGGGCGAGGAGAUCAAGAUAUCCGAAGCCGUCAAGCACUUCCUAACGUCCCCCAUUUGGCUCGAUCUCAAGGCCAGCUUGCAUGAGACUUGGAGACACGCCCAGCAUCACGGAUUCUGGGCUACUUGGAGUCAGUUGGUCGACCUUACCGAUCCGAGGGGCGAGAUAAACGCGUACAAGGUCUUGGGUCUGUCGCAAACGGCUUCGCAGAGCGAGGUGACGGCCAAGUGGAGAAGCCUCUCGCGGGAGAAUCACCCCGACAAGGUGAAAGGUUCGGAGGAUGAGAGGAGAGUCGCGCAGGAGAAGUUUAUGGAGAUACAGCAGGCCUACGAGAUACUCUCGAGUGCAAAGAAUCGGAGACAGAGCCGGAACCGAAAACCUGCUUGAGAAUUGCGAAGAAUGCAACUGCGGCAGGGGGAGGCCGGCAAAAAAUCGUAACGCUCAAUACACUAUCCGACAUUCCUAUAAUGACGACAAUUAUUUUUAUGACGAUGACGUGUUGUUGGAUAAUAAAGUAUUGUUAAACUGUAUUGUAAAA